AUGGCGUCCACUGAGCAAGACGGCGGACCGCCGUCUCUUCACAUCAGUCCACCGGGUACUGCAUUUGCAAGCGGUGCCUCCACAGGCGUCGCACCACCGCCGGUCCUGCGUCCGACUCACGGGCGUGCACGCUCGUCGUCUCUGGUGUCGGUGACACGCGUCGAAGAGACGCACGAAGAGAUGCUCGACCAAUCCGCAGGCUUCAACGCCAACGCGGAUUGGGUCAAUUACAAGGGAGCCUGGGUCAUCCAUGUGGUUCUUAUCAUUGUCGCCAAGAUCCUGCUGGAUGUGAUUCCUGCCAUGCAGCAAGACACUUCGUGGACGCUUGUUAACCUGGGCUACAUGACACUAUCGUACAUCAUGUUCCACUACGUCACUGGAACGCCGUUCGAAUCCAACGCAGGUGCUUACGACCAACUCACGCUAUGGGAACAGAUCGACGAAGGAGCUCAAUACACGCCAGCGAAAAAGUGGUUGACAUCGGUGCCCAUCGGCCUUUUCCUCGUCUCGACGCAUUACACGAGAUACAAUCCGUUGCUGUUCGGUCUCAACUUUUCGGCUCUACUGUUUGUGCUAUUCCCAAAGCUGCCUAUCCUGCACCGACUCAGGUUCCGAUUUUUUGCGCCACCACCCACGCCGAGCCCAUAUCCAAGUCAGCCACCUACACCGACAGGCACACGUACGCCCAGCCAUGCCGCAUUCUGA